GGUGCUACCAAUGCACCACAGUCUCAACCUGAAGAGGAACUCUCUGCUCUCGAGCGUUUCUGCACCGACGUCACUGACGAGGCUAGGCAAGGCAUGCUUGAUCCUUUGGUCGGGCGCGAUGACGAGCUCCGCCGGCUAACGCACAUUCUCAGCCGGCGCACCAAGAAUAACCCUGUGCUUCUUGGCGCCUCGGGAGUAGGAAAGACGGCCAUUGUGGAGGGACUUGCACAACGUAUUAUUGCUGGAGAUGUUCCUAUCUCGUUGCGUGGAGCAAAACUUCUUGAGCUUGAUCUAGGAGCUGUCGGCGCAGGCUGUCAGAUGCCUGGAGAAUUUGAGGAGCGCCUCUCUAUCGUCAUUUCUGAAGUGGUUGAGGCAACACAGAAGGGCCCUGUCGUCAUGUUCAUCGAUGAUAUUCAUAAUCUUUGCCCGCCUCCACCUGCCAGCAACAACGGUGCGGCGAUCCUCAAACCUGCGCUGGGUAGAGGUUUGCUUCGAUGUAUUGGUGCAUCGAGCGUUGACAAAUUCAAAAAGUCAAUAGAACAAGAUGCUGCAUUAGAGCGCCGAUUCCAGCAGAUCCAUGUCGCAGAGCUGGAUGAAGAGGAGACCAUAUCCGUCUUGCGUGGUCUGCGUCCACGCUAUGAAGCCCAUCACGCCAUUAAAAUCAAUGAAUCAGCGGUCGUCGCGGCUGCAAAGCUGUCAGCGCGAUACGUUCAAGGGCGCUGCCUUCCAGACAAAGCAAUCGACCUACUCGAUGAAGCAUCUGCCGCUGUUAGAAUGCAGAAAACAUUGAAGCCUGAAGACCUCGAUGCCGUCGAUCGUAGAGUUGCGCAACUUACGAAAGAACGUGAUCAAGUUAAAGCAAAGCUCGGAAAGAUGACUGCGGCAUGUCUGCAAAACCUCAAUGAGGAGCUAUCGAAGGAAAAAGCAAAGCAAAUUAAAAUAACAUCCGAGUUCUCGAAGGAGCAAAAAAUCAGUCGUGAACAUAAUCGCGCUGCGGCUGAUUUGUCCUUCGCAGAAAGACAAGCAGACGUUGCCCGUGCCGAUAAAGAAGCUGCGGAACUUGUGGAUCUUGUAGCAAAGGCAAAGACAGAGUACGUGAGGACAGAACAGGAGAUUCUGACAAUCGCGAACGUUAGUGGGUUAAUGGGCAAGGAGGAAGUAACAGAAGCUGACAUCGCCGCUGUCGUGAGCAGGUGGACUGGCGUUCCUGUCGCCAAGCUUGUUGCUUCAGAAAAACAAAAACUUCUCCAGCUCGAGGCCCAGCUGCAUCAGCGUGUCAUCGGUCAAGAGCAGGCAGUGACAUCAGUCGCAGAAGCUGUGCAGCGCUCCCGAGCAGACCUUUCUGAUCCUAAUGGACCCAUCGCAUCGUUCAUGUUCCUUGGUCCAACAGGCGUUGGCAAGACAGAGCUUGCUAAAGCCCUUGCAGACUACCUCUUCAACAGUGACAACGCACUUAUCCGCCUCGACAUGUCAGAAUACAUGGAAAAACACUCUGUCGCACGCCUCAUCGGGGCGCCUCCAGGAUAUGUUGGGUAUGAUGAGGGAGGCAUGCUUACCGAUGCUGUACGUCAGAAACCGUAUUCCGUUGUUCUUUUCGAUGAGAUAGAAAAAGCACACGUGGAUGUAUUCAACGUUCUCCUCCAGGUCCUGGAUGAGGGUCACGUGACAGAUACACAAGGUCGCACAGUUUCUUUCAGAAAUUGUCUCAUAAUAAUGACAUCGAAUUUGGGAUCUGACGAGAUAGCCUUUGGUGACAAAGGGCGGCGUGGUCGCAGAGGUCCGCGUGAUAUCAAAGAAAAGGUGAUGAGCCAUGUCCGAUCACAUUUCCGACCUGAAUUCAUCAAUCGUCUUGAUGAAUUCAUCGUUUUCGAACCCCUCACACACUUGCAGAUUAUGGAAAUCGUGCAAUUACAGUGCAAGAAACUUGCCGAGCGAGUAGCCGGUCAGCGUAUGGCUUUGGAUCUUCAACCCAGCGCAAUAGAUUAUCUCGCCCGAAAGGGCUUCGAUCCUACCUACGGGGCUCGUCCGGUGAAACGCGCAAUACAGGCAGAGCUGAUACAAGUCAUAGCAAAUAAUCUCCUUCGCGGAAUAUAUCAGGAGGACGAUACGAUUGUUGUGACAGCAAAUGGUGAUGGCGUGACCCUAUCAUCUGGGCCCAAACUUGUCCGGGACUUGCCGGGCCCAGAUCAUGACGGCCACAAUGAAAUCUUUGGUGUCGCGGCUGUAUCAUCUACCGAAACACGCCCCAUCAUUUUUGGCGAAGGGUCCUCUGGAAACUUCCUGCAAAACUCUUGA